GCACUUCUGAAGUCAUUACGCUUUUUUCCGGAAACACCCUUUAAGCCAUUGUGGACUGUGUGCACGCUUAUAAACAAGCUCUGUAUAUAUAGGGCUGGGUUGUAGAGAGUCCUGCAAGGCUGUGCAGUCUGCAGGGGACCAGAGGCAGAGUAAAGCCCAACCAUGUGGAGGGGCUUUGCUCUUGCCCUGGCUCUCUGUCUUCUCCCUUGGGGAGGGGCGGAGAGCCAGGGUCACCGUACACUGUGCAAAAAACCACCAGACUGGAAGAUUGGAACCCAGAAUCCCAUGCUGGAUUCAGAUGGAUCGGUCACAGUUGUGGCACUUCUCUCAGCAAGCUGAUACUUGUGCCUCCUGCAGGCUACCAGCUUGGAUGAACUGCGGGUGAAACUAGAAAAUGAAAACUACAUGAACGUGUCCUUCAUUGUGGUCAAUCACCAUGGGGAAGAUUCACGAGCCAAAUACCAUGAACUGAAGCACCGAGUCUCUCAUCAUAUUCCUGUGUAUCAACAAGAAGAGAGCCAGGCGGACAUCUGGGGCCUGCUGAAAGGAAGCAAAGAUGACUUUUUCAUUUAUGACAGGUGUGGGCGACUGGUGAAACACAUUGGGCUUCCUUUUGCUUUCCUGCAAUUUAGUUAUGUGGAAAAUGCAAUAAAGCAGGUGUACUGUGACAGUCUUUGUGGAGAAUGUAAACACAAGACUUCGGAUGAUGUUUGCAAGAAAGAAGAAGAGGCACCAAUGCAGGCAAAGACAGAAGAAGAACCAGAAAAACAUCCCCAUAAUCAUGGGAGGCAAAACCAUCACCAGGAGAAAGAGACAGCUGUAGAAGAUUCUAGCAGGCCGAAUGCCCAUGGUCACAAACAUCACCACCAUCACCACCACCACCACAAGGCUGAGGGGUGUCAGACUCCCCUACAUAGUGAGCCAGAGGAGAAGGUGGAGAGUGUACCUGAGAGGGCAAUUGUCCCUAACAGAGACACAGAGGGUCAAGUUCUGGAAAAUAAGCUCUGAAAGAAGGUCAAAAGCUGACGAAAGCAAUACCUCUGAGAUUGGGAGGAGGAGUCAGGAAAGGUCUCAAACAGCUGAUGCUGACACUGCAGACAUGUGUCUUUUGAGGCAGCACAAAAUGGAGUCACUUGACAGUGUAAGGAGGGUC